AUGAAGCUCGUGAUCCAGAGGGUCACACGAGCUAGUGUCGUGAUCGAUGAGAACAUCCACUCGUCGAUUGGCAAAGGCUUGCUACUUCUCCUGGGGAUUGAGCAAGGCGACGGACUGGAUCAGGUGAACCAUUUGGCAUCGAAGGUUUCGAGACUCCGGUUGUGGCCUGACCUCAAGGAUUCGAAGAAGCAGUGGGCAUCCUCUGUUGUGGACAAUGGCUUCGAGCUGAUGGUUGUGAGCCAGUUCACCCUGUUUGCGACGUUUAAAAAGCCAAAGCCUGACUUCCACCAAGCUAUGGGCGGCAAUGAGGCGGAGGGUCUCUAUGAGGCUUUCGUGGGCAAGUGCCGCGGCGAGCUGUCCCCUGGCAAAGUCUCCACGGGCAGCUUUGGUGCGAUGAUGAAUGUGGAGCUCUGCAACGACGGGCCGGUGACAGUGGAGCUGCUGAGCGCUCCCAUCGGUGCUGCCAGCACCCCCAGCGCUGCCCCCAGCGCCAGCGGGAGCGCGAGCGCUGCCCCCAGCGCCUCCCCGACGGCGCGGGUCCACGGAGCGGCGGACCGCGACGGAGUUCCGGAACUCGAGGAGAGGCUCGAGGAGAAGCCCUACUUGGCAGGGUACUUCCCCACAGCAGAGGAUGCAGAGUAUUUCGCGAAACUGUCGCAUGGGGGGCGGCCCCCGUCCUCGCCGAACUUGUUGAGAUGGUACGAGCAUGUGGCCUCCUUCUCGGAAAGAGAGCGCUCCCUUUGGGCCGGGUGA